AUCGAACGUGUUGGAAGCUCAAGCCCAAGUCGAGGCCACGGAUCGGGCAAGGUCAUGUUUUGAGUAGCUGCACAAGUGGAGGAUCGUGGGUCUUGCCUCUUCGUUUCUCGCAGCACGAACACCGAUGGCGGGUCGCAAUUUAGUGUGUGUUAUCUUAGUGGCCGGCCAUGCACAGCAGCUGAAACAAGACAUUGAGGUGAGUAACGCUACGGCCAAGAAACACAAGGAAGAUGAGAGUGGCAAAUACAUUCACCUUAAGGGCGUGCCCAAAGCCCUCUUGCCAGCUCCUCAAGGGAAGCGCAUUUUGGAUCACUGGUGGGAUGCAAUCAAAACACGCCAGCUAUUUAGUGACGUAUUCCUAGUCACUAAUGCGGACAAAUACAAACACUUUGAACGCUGGGCAACUGCUUCAGACUUUCCAGUGGAGAAUAUCAUCAAUGAUGGAUCGACCAUCCUAGAUAAUGCCAUAGGAUCUGUUGCUGAUGUUGAACUUGCCAUCCGUACCAAAAACUUAUGGGAAAAUGAUAUUUUGGUUGUAGCUGGUGACAUGCUAUUUCAGGAUAGCAAGUUUGACAUGGCACAGGUAUUAGACUACUUCUACAGGACACCUGAAGGUGAUUUGGCUAUAUAUUAUGAGAUGGGGUCUUUAGAGCCAACCUUUUCAAGAGGUAUUGUGGAAGUGUGUUCAAAGACAAACAGGAUAACAAAGUUUCUGGAGAAACCAGCACCUCAUGAGACAUGCUCGAGGAAUGCUAGCGUUGUAUUUUAUGCUUUUCGUUCAGAGACUGUUUCACGCCUUCCUGUGUAUCUCCAAGAGUAUAGGGCUUCCACUCAACGUACCUUUGGUGCUUUCAUGCAGUGGCUUAUUAAUGAUUUAAAGGUACUGGUAUAUGGGAUGAAGCUACCUACAGGUUUUCAACUCAUUGGUCAAGUGGGCUUAAAGGAUUAUGAAUCAUGGAACUCAUACUUUGCUGACCAAGCCAAGAAAGAGUGUAAGGCCCCAAGAUCCCACCGAGCAUAUGCAAGAGUUGGCAUUAUGGGCAAUCCGUCAGAUGGGUUUUUUGGCAAGACCAUUUCCCUUUCCAUUGCCAAUUUCUGGGCUGAAGUGACCAUCAAGGCAAGUGCCAAAUUACGCCUCCUUCCUCACCCUCUAAAUGACCCGAUAGAUUUCGGGUCACUAUCAGACCUGUAUGGAAUCAGUAACAAGGAGGGAUAUCUUGGAGGCCUGCGCUUGCUCCAGGCCACCUGCAAGAAGUUCUAUCAUUUCUGUGCCACCAGAGGCAUUGCACUGACGCGGCAGAACUUCACGCUGUCCUAUGAUACGAACAUCCCACGCCAAGUUGGUCUGGCUGGCAGCUCAGCCAUUGUAACAGCCACCCUGAAGUGCCUCAUGGACUUCUUUAACCUAUCAGACCAUGACAUGCCCAAGACUCUCCAGCCGCAGUUCAUCCUAGAUGUGGAAAAGGAGGAGCUGCGGAUAAAUGCUGGAUUGCAGGACAGGGUUGUGCAGAUUUAUGAGGGAUUGGUGUAUAUGGAUUUCACAAGAUCAUUAAUGGAAAGUCAAGGACAUGGGAAUUAUGAGCAUCUUGAUGUAGAUUUGCCGCCACUUUUCCUUGUGUAUCUGCCAAACCCCAGUGACUCAGGCAAAAUCCACUCAGAUGUUGCUGCUCGUUGGGAGAGAGGAGAUGAUAAAGUUUUGGAGGGAAUGAAAAAGUUUGCAGACCUAACUGAAGAAGCUAAAACAGCCAUCAAGAAUCAUGAUUGGUCUACUCUAGCUGACCUAAGAAAUUAAAUUUUAAAGCAAAGAACUGUAUGGUGAUGCUGCUCGGGUUUUUGUAAUCGAAAAUGUGAAUUUAGCAGUUUUGGGGCUGCUUUUGAAAAUUCCCUGGCAGCGGUGGUGCUGUAUUAGGCUUCCUGAACGACCAGAGUAGAAUGGAGGAACUUCGUCAUCGUUACCAGCAGGAAGGUUGUGUGGUUGUUGAUAUCAUACCCAAAAAACCAGUGCCAAAAAAUAACAACAUUUGAGAAAGUGUGUGGUUAGCAUUAUUGUGCAAAUAUGUAUGUUAUUUUUAAUCAUUGCUCUAAAUUAUUUAUAGGUUAGAGCAGUCCUUAGCCAACCAGGCAUUUUUUGCAAUUGCACACCAUUUACCCGACAAUUGAAUAGUUUUGAGUCUUUAUCUGCUUCACAGAUGUAAAAAGGAAUAGGCAUUAGUUUUUACCUUUUUUUCUUAAAUUUUGCAUGGUUAACCUGAGGGGGAAAAUUUAAAACAUUUUUUUCCCUGAUCAGCUUGCACUUUUGCCGAGUAGUAGCUUUUUUUGAGAUGUGAUUUUGGCUGCAUUUCCAAUAUUUACAGGAUUAGUAUUUGGAACUAUUGAAAAAAUUGUGAGGAUUCUUUAAUUUUUCUUAAAAUUUUUUUUUUAAUAAUUUUGGGUUCAUAGUAACCAGUAAAAACUGUAGAAGUGCACAGUGAUAAUAGUAUGUACCUGCACGUGAGGAUGAAAAGUAUGAUGUAAUUCCAGUAUUAUAAGUUAUUUUUAAUCAUAUUUUCGUAUACUUUUAUAUACUCUAUGCUUGUAUGUGACAACCUUUAUGUAUUGCGCAAUCCUCAGGCCUUAUGGGUAAUCCUUGGAUGAAUAAUGUUAUUUGGAUAUAAUUAUCUUAUGACGAGCUCUACAUAAAAUAUUAUAGUCAUAAUUUCACAAGAAAGUUAUACAAGUUCAGCAAGAUGAAAAAAUGCAUCAACUAAUGAUAGUGCUGUACACAAUUUUUUUUAACCAUGUGAUAGGUUAGGAUAACUAAUUAGGAUUCAUAUAUUGUUUUUUAUACUUGGGCUGUGAAUAUUUAUUACAGGUAUUUUUUAUUCAUAUAGAGGAUGGUAUAUUUUACUAUACCAUUAUAUGUGUUAUAUUAACUGACUGCAUGAGGUACCAUACUAGCAUAGGCAUGGUGAAGCUGUUAACUGCAGUAGCAAAUUGUAAUCCACUGCUGUAUUUCCUUGAAGCUUUUAGCCAUUUUAAGGACCAUUUCCCUUUGGUUGACAGUGAAUUAACUUAUUAUAGAAUAUCACGAUUUAUAAGUUUUUUAGUUUUUUUUUUCUUUUUAGAGGAAUUUACAUUUUUUGCAGUUAGGGUUAUGGCUAUUGGUUAAUUUUAUGUGGAGAGUCUUAGAUGUAUUGUUAUUGUUAUUGGUGUUGUGAUGCUCAAAUACUUAAUAUGUCCUGAAUUUAGGAUUAUUAAGAUAAAGUGAUGCACUAUAUUAGAUGUAAGUGUUGGCAUUGUCUUCCUGAAAAAACAAAACAAAAAAACAGUGUGCUGAGUUUAGUGUAUCUGAGGAUUCAGAAAAUAUCAUGAAUGAUUUUUCUAUUUCCAAGACAAUAUUAAAAGUAGUUUAGCAACUCUGUACUACCUGUGUGAUCCAAAUACACUACCUGUGCUUGCAAGUAGAAUGGGGGGGCCUUGCCUAGAUGUACAAGAGCAUGUUUCUAAAUAUUUCCAAGACAUUCCCUGCUUGUCAAAUAUAUAUAGACAUCCCCCAGACGGAUAUUGUUAUGUCUUCUGUUUUGUGAAUUGUAAGUGUAUUUUCCUGCUGGACGUCUUUUUAGUGUGUUUUUACUUUAUUUAUUACUUGAAAAUUAUCACUGUUAAACAACAUGCAAUAUGUACUUUGUUGAAUUUAUAAUAAAUGUUUUAUUUUGA